AUACUACUCCGUCCAACCAUGCCCACCUUCCUCAGCGACCUCUGCAUGCUCAUAUGGUCGAGUCUAACGUGCGCGUCUCUUCCGAAGAAUCCUCAAUUCAAAUCAAGGCCCCCAAGCGUGAAAAUCUCGACGUUGGGGCUUUUAGAGUAGUUGCGCACGCAGGCACUUCUGGGGCAUGUCUCCCGUGUUCCCACCGGAACGGCGCACGGCGGGAUCCAUGGCUUCCGAAGGGCGUGCAUUUCAAUGCUCCGGAUCUCCAGAGCCGUUGCAAUCUGUAAAGGCUCACAGAAGGACAAAGAACUCCAUUAUAGGUACAGGGGCUGACGAUUCAUUGUCUGAAAACAUUGCCACGGGAUGCCUCCUCAACUCUCUUGCUGUAAAUGGGAAAUCGUCAUCUAGUCAUUUUCCGCCUCUUCCGUUGGCGAAAGCACUCGCAGAGCCGUCUCUCCCUCAAAGCUCUUUCAAUAUUUCGAGCCUUCUUACGUCUUCUGCUGGUUCUCCACCAAAGCUGAACUUGUUCAAGGGUGUCCUUCCUUCUCCAGUUUCCAGCCCCCAAUCACGAGCUCAUGUGCCUGCUAUGCCUCGCGGGAAACUGUCUGCUGAUCCUGAUGACUUACGCGUUGCUUUCAUAUCAUCUCGUCGAACAGGCGGCAAGGUAGAAAAUAAACGAGACGCAUAUAGCGCCUUUCCGCCUUCACCUGAUGAGGCUUGGUCGACCAUUCAGUCUUCCAAGAAAGCGAAAGCGCGGACCGUUAAUCCGAGCUCGGUCAGUCAACGACAGCCUAUCGUCAUAUCAAAAGGUUUCAGGCUCCCGCUACUCAAGACUGAGCCUGCGCAAGCCAAGAAGGCUUCCAUGACCUAUCGCCCGCCUCCGCGUCGCACUGCCGAGCAAGCAAAUGCGGGCCCGACCGUCACUGUAUUUCAUCCACACACGCCAGAAUCUCUCUCGCGUCCGUCAUUACGUGAAGACAGGGGAAAUGCGUGCACUUCUAGUAAGCACGGCCGUAAUUUGUUUUUCUCCGGCUUCGUCUUUUUGGUCACUGCAUAUAGUCUCACGCGAUACGCAUAUAUGUGAACUCGGGCAUUGACGAAUCGUUUUUCGCAGAUCCUCCUGGUGCUGUGGAUCUCGACGCCUAUGCGAGCAGCCGAAUACCGGAAGGCUCGCGUCUAC